GAGCUGCUAGGGAAGUGAAAGAACUGACACUCACUGACUCUGUCGCCUGGACAACCAAGCAAAGAGGAGGGAGGGAAAGAGGGAGAGAGAGAGAGAGAGAGAGAGAAAAAGAAGAGAGAGGGCAGAAAACACAUGGAUUCUUCAGGUGAUAGGAUUUAUUGAGGGAAAAUAAUUGUGUCCUUUUUUGGGGGGUCUCUUGUACUGUAGUCUCCCUCCUGAAAACUAGAAGAACUAAAAAAAAAAAAAACGGAGAUCAACAGAAAAUCAAUUUAUACCAGGAGAACAAGUUAGACAUGAAAUAGCAGAGCAGGUUAUACAUCUUCAGGAGCAAAACCCACAGACCUGAACCUAGCACCAGAUCAUACCUCCAGAACAACACGCUCAGGUGCCGUCAUGGAUCUGGAGGACGAGCCGCUGUUGUUUCAGACAGGCUGGGAGGGGGAGGAGGAGGAGGAGCAGGAGGGCGAGGAGGCAGGACACAGGCCGGGGGACGGCGGGGUUGGGGGAGUGUGGAGGGUCGUGGGCUGGGUCUACACAGUGCCCUGGGUGAGCGGGGUGGUGCUGGGAGCCGGAGUCCUGCUGCCCUGUGCCCUCUCCGCCUACAUGUUCCUCUACUGCCCCCCGCUGGACAUCGACCUCUCCUACAGUGCCUUCGAGGUCCACAGCCACUUCUCGGCCGAGCGCUUCGACGCUCUCGCCAUCGCCGUGAAGAGUCAGCUGGGGUCGUGGGAGCGGCACCGCUGCGAGCCGGACGACUACGACACCUCGGCGCUCCGCGACCUCCUCCUGCAGGGGCUGGGCAAGCAGGGGGCGGGCACGUCCGAGGGCUCGCACCCCGAGGGGCUCAACUCCACGUCCGCGAGGCCGAGCGGCCUCCCAGGCGGCGCUCGUCAGAGGAGAGGAGUGGAGGUGAGCCCCGGAGGCCGAGCGGAGGCCGGAGGUCGGCGCCGGGGCGAGGCGUCGAGACCUGAAGAGACGGGCGGCGACGGAGCAGAGAGGGGGAGGAAGGAGCCGGGCGGAAACGCCACAGCCUGGGGCACGCCUGCGGCGGGCGGGCCCUCCGGGGGAGAAGCAGACGGGGGCCGAGGGAGAUCGUUACUCAGGGAGCGGAGGCUCGCGUCCAGCUACUCCUACCAGCAGAGCCAGGCGCUGUGGAGGAUGGAGCUGGUGUUUGUGGCUCAGGGCGGGCCCGGGGACAACAACAUCUUCACCCCCGAGCGGCUCCGCACCAUCCACGGCGUGGAGCGCCUGCUCAUGCAGCACCCCCAGUUCCAGCAGUUCUGCUGGAAGCCCCUGGAGGCUCUGAGGGAUCUCCCUCUGGGGCCGUCCUUCUGCUCCCCCCCCAGCUCCCUGCUCUCCUACCUCUUCCCCAGCGAGCGCGCCGACAAGAUCUACUACGACGGCAUGGGCCCCGACCUGGCAGACAUCCAGGGCGCCCUGAGCUUGGCCAUGACCCACCCUCAGUUCUACUGGUACGUGGACGAGAGUCUCUCUCCGGAGCGUCUCUCCUCCUCCCUCCUGAGGAGUGAGAUCCACUUCGGGGCUCCCCUGCCCUCCUUCUACUCCCUGCAGGACCGGCCCGCGGAGCAGAGGAGGCGCUUCAGGGACUUUGUGGUGCAGUACGCUGAGAUCCUGGCCCAGCAGUCCACCAGCCAGGUGAGGGUUCUCUACGGAGGGACAGAGCUGUUUGAUAACGAGGUGAGGCAGACGUUCCACAGUGACAUGCUCCUGGCUCUUAUCAGCGGAGCCUGCAUUGCUGUGCUGGUCUACAUCCUCACCUCCUUCUCUGUGUUCCUGUCCUUCUUUGGCCUGGCUAGCAUUGGUCUGAGCUGCUUGGUGGCCCUGUUCCUGUACCACGUGGUCUUUGGCGUGAGGUACCUGGGCAUCCUCAACGGAGUGGCCGCCUUUGUCAUCAUCGGCAUUGGCGUGGACGACGUGUUUGUGUUCAUAAGCACCUUCCGUCAGGCCGCUCACCUGGUCCUGCCAGUGCAGCGGAUGGUCUACACGGUCAAAACGGCGGGGCGAGCCACGUUCCUCACCUCCUUCACCACCGCGGCGGCCUACGCCGCCAACACCUUCUCUCAGAUCCCAGCUGUUCAGGACUUUGGUCUGUUCAUGGCGCUGAUAGUGAGCUGCUGCUGGCUGUGGGUGUCCCUGCUCAUGCCUGCAGCCCUGUGUGUCUGGAGCCAGGCUGUGGAGGCGCACGAGAACACCUGGUGGAGGUGGUUGAAGACACUGGCAGGUCUGUCUGUGCUCCACAGUCCAUUGUCAGACGGGGAUGACGACGUGGCUCUCCUGUCAGUGGAGAUGGAGCCAGAGUCCUGUGAGCCAGAUGUGGACAUCCUGUCUCUGUCCCUGGAGGCCUCCCCCUCCCCUCAGGCCAGCGCUGGGGUGGUGAGCGCCAAACUCCAGUGGGCGCUUAAGCGCUGGGUGGCAGAGCCCGCCGUGGAAAACCGCAAAGCCGUUCUAGGUGUGUAUUUGCUGGUCCUGCUGGUGUCUGCUGGCUGCUGCUGUCUCCUGAGACCAGCCACCCACGCUCCGCUCCUGUUCCGGCCGGACACCAACCUCCAGACCCUGCUGGCCCUCCGGAACAACCUCAGCGGUCAAGGCAUCGCCUGCCACAUGUGUUCCGGUGUGUUUAUGGAGAAGCCCCACUAUCUACACACCAACGCCAACUCUGGCUCUUCACCACCUGGCAGUCACCUUCACCAUGACCAGGAUCCUGCCAGACAAUCUCCCCAGAGCCCAGCCAAGCCAAGCUCCAAGUCCAACACAACAGGCCCCCUGCUGACGGUGUACGUCUUCAAGUUAGACAUGGGAGCGUCCGUCAGUCGAUACCGCUACUCUGUCAACGCCAGCGUGCCUUCUCCCUGGAAGGCCCUCGGCUCUGGGCACGGAGACGUGCCGUCCUUCCUGGCUUACAGAGGACCCAACAGCAACUACAGCACCCGCAUGACGGUGUGCGUGUCCCACGUAUACCAGCCCCACGCUAGUUGGAUGCUCACCUCGCUGGGGUGCGACCCGCACCACGGCUGGAGGUCAGAGUUCAGCUUCUACGUGGCUUCGACCCCGCAGCAUCACAGCAGGAGACUGUACUACGCCCAGCACCGGCUCAGUCCUCACCCCAGCAGAGUGUGUGCCGAGCCCCCAGGCUGUGUGUUCAGCUCUGGGCCUGAUGGAGCAACGCAAGGCUCCUUCUAUUCGCCGCUCUCCAACGACACGUCGGCCACCAAGUCGAAGACCUCCGGCUUCAACCCCUGUAGUGGGGGUGGGUGUGGCCAGCCAGCAGUACGCCCCCUGGUGGACACAGGAGCCAUGGUGUUUGUGGUGUUUGGUAUUCUGGGAGUCAACCGCACACAGCGCACAGACAACCAUGUCAUAGGGGAUAUGGGUAGUAUCAUAUUGGAUCCAGAAUUUGACAUCUUCAAGGAAAUUGGGUAUCUCUGUAAACUGUGCAAAGCCAUCAGUGCUAACACAGACCUGGUGAAGCCAGGGGGAGCACAGUGUCUACCUUCAGGAAACAAGCUGUCAUCUAUUCUGCCUCUCCUCCACCCUGAAUGUCGCUCGCUCCCCAAGCCCAACCUCCUGCCAGGCCAACUAUCUCACGGGACUGUAGGGCUGAGCGCUGGCAGGGUGCGCUGGCUGUCCAUGGCCUUCGAGUCUACAACCUACAAGGGAAAAUCCUCCUUCCAGACACAUUCAGACUUUCUUCAGUGGGAGAACUUCCUGCAGGAACAGCUCGCCACCCUCCCACAAUCCUCUGCUCUGCGUCGAGGUUUCCAGACAUGUGAACACUGGAAGCAGAUCUUCAUGGAGAUCAUAGGUGUAGAGAGCGCCCUCUGCAGUCUGCUGCUGUCCCUGGUGAUCUGUGUGGCGGCUGUUUCUGUGUUCACUGCCCAUCCCCUCCUGCUGCUUCCCAUCCUGUUCACCAUCCUGGGGGUGAUCUGUCUGGUGGUGGCGAUCAUGUACAUGCUGGGCUGGGAGAUGGGGGCUGUGGAGGCCAUCUCGCUCUCCAUCCUGGUUGGCUCCUCUGUGGACUACUGCCUGCAUCUGGUGGAGGGCUACCUUCUGGCGGGGGACAGUCUGCCAGAGACCCCCUCUCACAGUCUGGAGCUUCAAGCUAAGCGGCGGAGACGGGCUCUCGAGGCCGUCAACCACGUGGGCGUCGCCAUAGUGUCAAGCGCCGUCACCACGGUGAUCUCAACAGUCCCUCUUUUUUUCUGUGUCAUUGUGCCUUUCGCCAAGUUCGGCCAGAUCGUGGCCAUCAACACAGCGGUGUCCAUCCUGUUCACCCUGACUGUGACGGCGGCCAUGUUGGCCACCAUGGCUCCGCCCUGCUUCAGCAGGCCCCCCGGGGCCGUGCUGAGGGCCGGCCUGGCUGUCAUGGCAACCGUGGGCCUCGGAGCGGCUCUCUGCUGGGCAGGAGGGCUGAUGGGGCGGGGCACCUGGCACACCUUCACCAUGUGAACCAAACUGUUGCUCAACUGUCAAACAAAGUGACCAUGUUAUGUCUGCAGGAGUCUCGACGACUCUGCAGUCCCAGCCUAGAGUUGUAGAAGGAGCUUCUCUAUUCACAAGUCAGCUGGAUCUUGUGUCACUGGUGCCAAUCGAGAUCAUGUCUAUGAUCUCGCCCUUGGGUGAACUAAUGGAUGGUUGGUUUGGUCGCACUUUAUUUGAAAGCACACGGUUUCCAUUGUAGUAUUUCCAUGGUCAAACUUGAUUCCACACGUGAUCAGUUAAUGAUGUUUGUUCCUGUGGUAAUCGUUGUACUAGCACCACAAGACACCGUUUGGUACCAAGUAUGCCUCACUUUUCAUUGUGAUUAGGUUCAACAAAAAUAUAACCAUUGUUGUUGCGUUAUUUAUUACCAGAUGGAAAAGUGAGGUGUAAUAAUAUAGCUACUUUUAAGGAGUAUCCUUAUUUAAAAAAAAGCUGCAUACCGAUGAUUUGAUGAGAAGUAUUCUUCUGACAGUAUUAGAUUUGAUCUGAAUAACCACUUGACUGGAUGUUGAAAAUGACUGGUUUAGUCACAUGGUUCCUCUCUGUGCUUUUUUGACACACCCUCAGGAGUCACUGAGCAUGACCUGUGACCUUUCUGCCAUCUGAUUGGGACAGGUGUUGAUAGAUAUUAGAUAUCGAAUCAUAACUCAGAGAAUAUUCAGGGUGUCACGGUAUUGUUUGUAAGGAGAUGUCACAACGCUGCGCUGUAUCUCAAUGAGUUUCUACAGAAUUUAAUUGUGCAAUAUUGUCACCAUUGGAAUGUUCACACAUCCUAUUUCUCAUCGUGACAAAAUGAUCGUGAAGAGGGGUUGGAGGACUGUAUAAAUGAAACAGCUGCACACAGGUAGCAUUCGAAAAUAAAUUCCAAAAUUAGAAACAGCGCUGAUCUGGCGCUCUCAAUUCUUGUCUAAACUUCUGCGCUUUCCUCCAGCUUGAUUGAUUGACUGCUGGAACUUAAUUUGCUGGAAAGUAACGGCUGCUAUUAAAUUAGAAAUGGACAUUCCACUGACAGUGAGCUGUGUGUUGUUAACCAACGCUCAGAGACUCAUUACCUUACACAACUGAAAUUAUGUUUUUUUUGUUUGUUUUUUACUGAAAUAAUCUUACCUGUUGUACCUUUUGGUUUAUUUGUGUUGGAAUACAUCUAGCCUACGUCAGAUUCACAUGCUGCUAAAUGCAUGAUGAAUAAGUCUUAGAAGGCUACCUGUCGCCAACAACAACCCCCCCAAAAAAACAAGCGUUUAGUCACGCUCCAAAACAUUGUGUAUAUUGUGCUUUUCACAAAGGUGUUUUUACAACAGAAGUAUCAACUACAUGACCAGUUUACCACCUCCUGUAAAUUUGAAGUUCAACCCUCUUGUCGGCUGUGUGAACUUGUCCAUGCAGCUCAAGGCCAGGUAUAGAAGAUCAUAGGAACCUCCACUUGUGAUUCUCUCAGGUGAAGACACUCCACACAUUCUCUGCAUACUUUACACAACACUCAGGGGGACUUACUGUAAACCUCUCAACCCCCGGCAGAGCUCUCAGACUCCAAGAACCACUUCACCUUCUGCCAGUGUGUCUCUACCUCCGCACACGCGACCACUCCCACCCACGAGAAUUCUUUAAUUCACACCAUUCCUGUGACUGGAGUCAAGUCUUGUAAGUGUGUAUUGCUGUUUGAAAUAAAGCUGGUAUCCU